AUGACGCACACCAUUUAGGUUUUUCGGCAUUCUGCACGUUUUCUCCUUCCGAGGGGACUGUGGACAAAAGGGGAGUAAAAUGAGAAGGAGGAAAAAAAGGAAAGAAGAAAAAAAAAAAAAGGAAGGAAAGAAGGAAGGAAGGACAGGCUGAAGGAGAGCCGAAGAAAUCGGAUGUUCUUCAUCAUCAUCCUAGAUAUAUUGGAACCCGAAUCAUGAAGAUUCCGUGCCUUGGGCAAGAUAGGGGCUUCAGACCGAGCUGCCAAAUCUAAAGAUAUCUACCGGUAUCAGUCAAUUGGUAGUGGUUGAUUCCGGACUCUUUUCAAAGCAGGACACGCAUCACAACCAAAGGAUCAGUUAUCAUGAUGGAUACCAAAAGAGAUAUGCUCAGCCCUUAACCGUGCCAUCCCCGCCUAUCCUGUCAUAUCGCCCCUCUCGGAUUCUCUAGAAUCGGGCACGUUUUAUCAAAUUUCACAAGCUAGACGCUAUCAGAGCACUAUCGCCUGAUGCCGUUGCAUUAGCAUGCAUAAACCUCCAGGUUUGGAUCGCUCCAAUUUUUCAAUCUAUCCAUCAGUGGUCUAACUAGUAGGAGAUCUCACUGGCUUUAGCUACCGCUCCGUGGUACCUGGAUAGGCACUAAGAAUCGGAUUUUUUUUCAGUCUCCGCGAGAUUAUGUCUGUACGAUUAUUUGAUGGCAGGGGCUUCAAAUAAUCUUUCUGAUCGUACUGCCAUUCACGAGUAUAAAAGCUCUGGAUGAGUUCACACAGAUGAUGUCUAUCCUGCUCUUCAUAUCAAGCUCUCCGUCCUUAUCUCUUUCCUUCAUAGAGUUACACGCUCAUAUUUUGCGCUCCAAGAAACGACUUUGUGAUAUCUGAAAUCGCCUGGCCGUCAGCAUUUUUCCUUCAGAUUCAGGACAAUCCGAGUCUACUCGUCCUCGAUCCAAGCCAUGGCUAAAAUCACAUCUAUUGAAUAUUUCCGCGUGUUACCUCGCUGGCUUUUUGUAAAAGUUGCCAGCGAGGAUGGUCAAUAUGGAUGGGGAGAGUCCACACUUGAAGGGCAUACUGAAGCUAUCGAAGGGAGUUUGGAUGAAUUGAUUGGUAGAUUUGUUGGAUAUGAGGCAGAUGACAUUGAGCAUAUCUGGCAGACUGCCUGGAGACUGGGGUUUUAUCGGGGUGGAGCCGUUUUUAUGUCAGCAAUUUCCGGCAUUGAUAUUGCAUUAUGGGAUCUUAAAGCGCGAAAACUCAAGGUUCCGCUUUAUUCCUUACUCGGGGGGAAAGUUAGGAGCAGGGUUGCUGUCUAUGCCUGGAUUGGCGGCGAUCGUCCGAGCGAUGUGGAGGAGCAAGCUAAACAAAGAAAGGCGCAAGGCUUCACCACGGUUAAGAUGAAUGCUACCGGAGAUCUGGGUUGGCUGGAUUCGCCAUCUGCGUUGCAGAGCUCCGUUGAGAGGCUGAAGGCGGUCAAGGCUGUCGGCCUUGAUGCCGGGCUUGACUUCCAUGGCCGUAUUCACAAGCCUAUGGCUAAGCAGCUUGCUAAACUUCUAGAGCCCCACCAGCCACUAUUUAUUGAGGAGCCACUCCUCUCUGAGCAUCCUGAGGCCAUUAAGCACUUUUCCCAGCAGACAACUAUUCCCAUUGCGCUUGGUGAGCGUCUCUAUCACCGAUGGGAUAUCAAGCAGUUCCUUGAGGCUUCAUCUAUUGAUAUUCUCCAACCUGACAUUUCCCACUGCGGAGGUGUCUCCGAGAUCAGGAGGAUUGCAGCCAUGUGCGAAGCGUAUGAUGUUGGGCUUGCUCCUCACUGCCCACUUGGCCCUAUUGCACUUGCUGCGUCUAUCCAGGUUGCGCUUUCCACACCUAAUUUUGUCAUCCAGGAGAUGUCUUUGGGUAUUCACUACAACAAGAUGACACCUCCAGGUGCCGGAACAUACGAUCUCAAUAACUACGUCAAGGAUACCACCGUCUUUGAAGUCAAUGAGGGCUAUGUGAAAGUACCUACCGGUGUCGGAAUUGGUAUCGAAGUGGAUGAGGCCGAGGUUAGGAGAGUCAGUAAGGAUUGCAAGGCCUGGAGAUGCCUUGAAUUCCAUGGACCCGACGGGGCUGUUAGGGAAUGGUAGUUCACUUCCGUUGAGGCUUUGGAAAAGGCAUUUAUUUAAGGCCUAUCUUUUUUUUUUCGCAUUCGCACAGGUCUUUCCGUUACCACGCUCUAAUGUAGCUCACUCCUCGAGGGAGUGAAAUUAUGAUCAUGCGGUUGAGGAUUUCCUUUUUUUUUUUUUCUCCUCUAUUCUUUCAUAUUUUUUUCUUUCACUCUUUUCCGGGCUUUAUAGUGCGCGUUUUUGUGAUAAUUUUCCCAAAUUCAAAACAGAACAUAUUUGAAAAA